AUGUCAGCAUUCUCCUCAAAAACGUUCAAAACUGACGUGUAUGGUUUUUUCAGGCCGCACUACCCCCCACAGUUGUUCACCGCGCUUCAAGAUUACCAUAAAGGAGACCAUAAACUGGCAAUUGACUCUGGGUGUGGGCCAGGAGAGGCCAGUUUUCCUUUGUUGAGACAGUUGAAGUUCAACAAAGUAAUUGGCACUGAUCUGUCUCAGGUGAUGGUAGAAAAGGCAACUAGGACCAGAAAACCAGAGGAGAUUGACAGUAUUUCUUUUGCAAGGUGUGGUGCCUCAGACCUGGCCUCAGUUGGAGUGGAAAAUGAAUCCGUGGACCUGAUGACGGCAGCCCAGUGCGUCCAUUGGUUUGAUACUGACACGUGGUUUGAUGAGGUCUUGAGGGUUUUAAAGCCUGGUGGAACACUAGCGUACUGGUGUUAUGUCGACCCAUACUUCCUAGGGGCACCCGAAGCCAAUAAGGUGUAUGAAAAUUUCACGUAUGGAGAUAAGUUCCUCGGGCCAUUUUGGGAGCAACCGGGUCGGAGCAAAAUACGCGGGCUUUACAGAGAUGUGAAUGAGGCAAUUUCAAAGAAAAAAGGAUUUUGCGAUGUGCAAGUUGUGGAGUUCGACCCUAUGCAUAGCACUAGCCAAACGGCACUCUCUUUAAGAAAGACCGUCACCCUGGAGAAUUACCUGGGCUAUGCCUCCACGUGGAGUUCUCACCACAAAUGGACCGAAGCAAAUCCUGGUGUGAAACCUGACAUUUUGGAUGUGUUUGCAAAAGAGUUGCAGACAAAGGUGGGAUGGAGACUGGAUACGGAGAUAGAGAUCGCCUGGAAGACCAUGUACUGUUUUGCUAGGAAGGUUGUGAAAUAG